GCCUCGCCUCCAGUGGAGCAAUGCUUACAGCUAUGAGCAAUAGUUUAUAAUACUUACAAACAAUAAUUAAUUUUUUCCCCACUAGUUCUACAGUUUCAACGGCAUUCCGGAUCACAACCCGUUAAUAAUGUACAUGGAAUCGAGGACAACAAGGUGGAUAUAGCAGGAGUGCAUUUGUGUUUAUGUGUGCUGAUCUGCUAAAGAUGGACAACAAACCGUGAUGAGCCGGCCAGUUUGCGCUGAAACUACCUAGGAAGGUCAAGGCGCUCCGAGUGGGCCGAAGGGUGUCUGGCAAUCUGUACUGUGGUUGCACACUGACAGCCUUGAUGCACAAAGUAGAACUCAAUAAGCAACAACAAUUAAGAAAAUAUCCACCACUUAGACCUGUACUGCUGGGGUCAACUCAAUCUCAGAUUUAAAUCUUCUCUCGUCAUGAUGAAUACAAUCAGAGGUGGUACAGUUAGCUGGCGACCACAGCCGUGGCAGGAUGCAGACAGAGGGGGUGGAGAGCCUCUCUCAGAUAGCGACUCGGAAGAAGAGGAUUUUCCAGAUGACCACUCGACUCCUUUGGGGGAGUAUGUGACUCAGGGGUUAAAGCAGCUACUUGAUGCUCAGCAGCUGUGUGAUGUCACACUAUUGGUGGAGGGAAAGAAGUUCAUGUGUCACAGGGUUCUAUUAGCAGCAGUCAGUCCAUAUUUUCGAGCCAUGUUUACUAGCCCUCUUGUGGAGUCUCGUCUCGCUGAGAUCCGACUGGAGGAAGUGACACCCUCUGUUAUGGAGACCGUUAUUCACUUUGUUUAUACUGGGGAAGCAGAUCUUAGUCUUGACACUGCAGAGGAUUUAUUUGUAGCAGCUAAUCGUCUACAAGUGAUGCCCUUGCAGGACCUUUGCUCCAGGUUCCUUUUUGAACACCUCUCUGUGGAGAAUUGCCUGGGUAUGUACUCUCUGGCUCGUUCACAUCAUGAUCAGCUUCUUCUUCGGGCUUCUUUGCGACUUGUGGGCCAGCAUUUUCCUCGAGUGGCCCGGCAGAGGGAUUUCCUCCUGUUGGACCCAGGCACCCUUGGCAGCUUGUUAGAGUCUGACCGAUUAGGUGUGGAAUCAGAGACGGAGGUUUACGAUGCAGCGAGACGCUGGGCAGAAUACCAGCCUGCUGAUCGGUACAGUCACAUGCCCAAAUUGUUACGUCAUUUACGUCCCGGUCUUUUGGGCCCUAAAGAAAGCCACCGUCUGAACCAAGAACUCGGUCCUCUGGCCAGUACUGAAGGCAUGGGAGGACCAUUGAGGCCACGAGAAGGCAUGUUCGAGAAGAAAAUUGUUUGUGUGGAUCUUAAACCAAGGGAGGAUGAGUCUUUACAGAAAAAAGACUUCACAGUAGAUUGCUUUGACCCACGUACAGGAAUGUGGGAGAAGUUGUCUGCCUUGGGCUCGUUGCUUUGCCCCGGCUGUACUGCUGUUGGAGGUCGCUUGUUUGUGGCAGGUGGAAUUCUGCGGUCAGGUCAAGUAUCAUCAUCGCUGCAUGAGUACGAUGUCGUGCUAAACCGCUGGAUUGCACGGCCAUUGCUGGCUGAACCACGUGCAAUGUUGGGGCUGCUUGGCUGUGGAGGUUUCUUAUACGCUCUGGGUGGAUGUAACCGAUCAGCAUUUCUAGACACAUGUGAAAGAUUUGACCUUAAUACACUCACCUGGGCAUCAGGACCUCGUUUGCCAUUGCCGCUGCGCUCUUUUGCUUGCGCUGCCCUCCGUGGUCGCCUGUACUUGCUUGGGGGUACCACUUUGGAGCAGAGUAGGGCUGUGGUGCAUGCAGGCGUGCUUAUAUACCACACUGUUACACGGACCUGGAGCCGUGUUGCUCUAGACUCUGGCGCCACCUGCCUGGCUGGAGGAGUAGCAGUACGUGGUGGUGUUUGUGCUAUCGGGGGUUACUUGCGUGAUGCAGCCAAGUUCCUAGAUGGCAACUACACCCAGGCUGAACCACUAGAUGCUACAGGACGUGUGUUGUUCUUUCGAGAAGGACGAGGAUCGGCAAUGGAACGGGAGGUGCCUGUUCCAGCAGACCGAGGGGGUGGUGGUAGCGACCGUGCCCCUAGUCCUGUGGUUUUUCCAGGCUUGCCAAGGCGCAUUGCUGCCGGAGGUGUUGCCAGAUGGAAGCGCAGGAUUUAUGUAUUGGGUGGCGAGAAUGGAUCAAGAUUUUAUGAUAGUGUAUACUGCUGGAAACCUGGCUGGCGUAGCUGGGUCCAAAGAAGGGAGAAAUUACCAGGAGAUACAGGAGGAGUUAGCCAGUUUGGAUGCACCACUCUAAAGUUCCCCAAAAAACACAUUUUGACGCGUCUUCGGGCUGCUCAACAGAAACAGGGAAAGGAAAAAAGACCGAUCCGGUCAUGCAGAAUCAUGCGUAUCGAUAGGACAGGUCAGGAAGUGUAAUUUUUAGAAAUUGGCAUUUCUGUCACCGUGACAUGUUUUUGCACCUGAUUUUACAUCUUCAAUAUUGGUUGAUGUCUUGAUGCUCUGUAAUCCUUUAUUUCAUAACUGCAAGCUGAACAUAUGUUUUCGUUUCUAAAUAUUGACAAAGAAAUGCAUAACAAAAACAUAGGAUAUUUGUAUGAUUUCAGAAUGUUUAUCUCGUAAAGAUGCCAAGAUAUGUUGCAAGAUUUUCAGUGCAUUGCUGUGAUUCAAAGACUUGCUGAUGUUCAAGAGCAUUGAUAAAAAUUCUACACAUUUGCCCAAAUGUCUGCUUGAAAAUUUCACAUCAUUAAGAAUUUGUUCUUGAACCACAACAAAAAUCGUUCUCUCUCUCUCUCUCGCUCUCUGUCUGUCUGUAAACUAGCUUAAAUUGUAAAUUAAAUAUAGUAAGGAAGAUUAAUAGAAAAGGGGAUUUUUUUUUUUUUUUUGUUUGUUUUUUAAUCUCUGUUUUCACUGUGAUGCUCAAUAUACAGUUGAAGUCAGAAGCUUACAUACACCUUAGCCAAAUACAUUUCUCAAUACUCAGUUUUUCAUAAUUACUGACAUUUAAUCAUAGGCAACAUUCCCUGUAUUUGGGUUGCCUUCCACAAGCUUCUCACAAUAAGUUGCUCCAUUUCACCAGACAGAACUGGUGUAAUUGAGUCCGGUUUUUAGACCUCCUUGCUUGCACAUGCUUUUUCAGAUCUGCCCACAAAUUUUCUGAUGGAUUGAGGUCAGAGCUUUGUGAUGGCCACUCCAAUACCUUGACUUUGUUGUCCUUAAGCCAAUUUGCCACAACUUUGAAGGUAUGCUUGGGGUCAUUGUCCAUUUAGAAGACACAUUUGCGACCAAGCUUUAACUUCCUGGCUGAUGUCUUGAGAUUUUGCUUCAUUAUAUCCACGUAAUUUUCCUUCCUAAUGAUGCCAUCUAUUUUGUGAAGUGCACCACUCCCCAACAUGAUGAACACCCCCACAACAUGAUGCUGCCACCCCUAUGCUUCAUGGUUUGGAUGGUGAUCUUCGGCUUGCAAGCCUCAGUCUUUUACCUCCAAAAAAAUUUUUUCAUUAGACCAUAGGACAUUUCUCCAAAAAGUAAGAUCUUUGUCCCCACGUGCACUUGCAAACUGUAGUCUGGCUUUAUUUUAGCGAUUUUGGAGCAGUGGCUUCUUCCUUGCUACCCAGCCUUUCAGGUUAUAUCAAUAUAGGACUCGUUUACUGUGGAUAUAGAUACUUGUCUACCUGUGUCCUUCAGUAUCUUCACAAGGUCCUUUGCUGUUGUUCUGAGAUUGAUUUGCACUUUUUGCACCAAACUACGUUCAUCUUUAGGAGACAGAUUGCACCACUUUCCUGAGCCAUAUGAUGGCUACGUGGUCCCAUGAUGUUUAUACUUGUGUACUAUUUUUGGUACAGAUGAACGUGGUUCCUUCAAGCAUUUGGAAAUUGCAGAAUCAUGCGUAUUGAUAGGACAGGUCAGGAAGUGUGAUUUUUAGAAAUUGGCAUUUCUGUCACCGUGACAUGUUUUUGCACCUAAUUUUACAUCUUCAAUAUUGGUUGAUGUCUUGAUGCUCUGUAAUCCUUUAUUUCAUAACUGCAAGCUGAACAUAUGUUUUCGUUUCUAAAUAUUGACAAAGAAAUGCAUAACAAAAACAUAGGAUAUUUGUAUGAUUUCAGAAUGUUUAUCUCGUAAAGAUGCCAACUUGCCAAGAUAAAUUGCGAGAUUUUCAGUGCAUUGCUGUGAUUCAAAGACUUUCUGAGGUUCAAGAGCAUUGAUAAAAAUUCUACACAGAUGCCCAAAUGUCUGCUUGAAAAUUUCACAUCAUUAAGAAUUUGUUCUUGAACCACAACAAAAAUCGUUCGCUCUCUCUCGCUCUCUGUCUGUCUGUAAACUAGCUUAAAUUGUAAAUGAAAUAUAGUAAGGAAGAUUAAUAGAAAAGGGGAUUUUUUGUUUUUUAAUCUCUUUGUUUUCACUGUGAUGCUCAAUAUACAGUUGAAGUCAGAAGCUUACAUACACCUUAGCCAAAUACAUUUCUCAAUACUCAGUUUUUCACAAUUCCUGACAUUUAAUCAUAGGAAACAUUCCCUGUCUUAGGUCAGUUAGGAUCACUACUUUUAUUUUAAGAAUGUGACGUCAGAAUAAUUGCAGAGAGAAUGAUAUAUUUCGGCAUUUAUUUCUUUCAUCACAUUCCCAGUGGGUCAGAGGUUUACAUACACUGUGUUAAUAUUUGGUAGCAUUGCCUUUAAAUUGAAAAACUUGGGUGAAACCUUUUGGGUAGCCUUCCACAAGCUUCUCACAAUAAGUUGCUCCAUUUCACCAAACAGAACUGGUGUAAUUGAGUCCGGUUUUUAGACCUCCUUGCUCGCACAUGCCUUUUCAGUUCUGCCCACACAUUUUCUGAUGGAUUGAGGUCAGAGCUUUGUGAUGGCCACUCCAAUACCUUGACUUUGUUGUCCUUAAGCCAAUUUGCCACAACUUUGGAAGUACAACAUUUUUGUUUCAUCAGACCAGAGGACAUUUCUCCAAAAAGUAAGAUCUUUGUCCCCACGUGCACUUGCAAACUGUAGUCUGGCUUUAUUUUAGCGAUUUUGGAGCAGUGGCUUCUUCCUUGCUACCCAGCCUUUCAGGUUAUAUCAAUAUAGGACUCGUUUACUGUGGAUAUAGAUACUUGUCUACCUGUGUCCUUCAGCAUCUUCACAAGGUCCUUUGCUGUUGUUCUGGGCUUGAUUUGCACUUUUUGCACCAAACUACGUUCAUCUUUAGGAGACAGAUUGCACCACUUUCCUGAGCCAUAUGAUGGCUACGUGGUCCCAUGAUAUUUAUACUUGCGUACUAUUGUUGGUACAGAUGAACGUGGUUCCUUCAAGCAUUUGGAAAUUGCUCCCAAGAUGAACCAGAUUGUGGAGGUCCACAGUUUUAUUUCUGUGGUCUUGGCUGAUUUCUUUUUGCUUGGAAUCAUGGGGAAAAAAUGGCACUGAGUUUGAAGGUUGGCCUUAAAAUACUUUCUGGAAUUUUCCAAGCUGCUUAAAGGCACAGUUAACUUAUUGUAUGUAAACUUCUGACCCACUGGAAUUGUGAUUUAGUCAAUUAAAAGUGAAACGAUCUGUCUGGAAACAGUUGUUGGAGAAAUUACAUAUGUCAUGCACAAAGUAGAUGUCCUAAACGACUUGCCAAAUCUAUAGUUUGCUAAUAUUAAAUAUGUGGAGUGGUUAAUAAAAUUAGUUUUAAUGACAUCAACCUAAGUGUAUGUAAAUCUCUGACUUUAACUGUAGACAUAGAAUGCUACCUUACAAAAAUGUACCAUGGUAACCAUAGUUCCCACCAAAAUACCAUAGUUACUACAGUGUUGCUGCUUUAUUAUCAUAAUAAAUUACUAUUCAGAUUUCAUAAUCUCUGCUAUUUUAAUUAACAAUGGAAAUUACCACAGUAUUAUUGUAAUAGCACUGUAAAGUUUUUGUUUUUUUAUUUGUGGAAACCAUGUUUACCUUGGUAACAUCUUACCAUGUUCUUAUAAUGUUGCUUAGCAGCAGUUAUCAUGUGGGUCAUUUGGAUGAUUUUUAAUCAGAUAUGCUAUGUUGCAAACACUUCUGUAACCCGGAAAAUCAGAACUUUUGUUAACAAGGUGAACUAAUUAUGAAACAAUUACAAUACCACCCUAAUCCAACCUAAUUUGAUGCUGGAAUCUCUCACUCGCACAUUGUUUUUAUAGAUAUAAAUACUGAUCAAAACAGGACUUGCAACACUUGCUCUUGGACUGAAAUUUCAGCCUUUAUUUCUGAACUAACAAAGAAAAAAACUAAAUGAAUACAAACAACAAAAUGGCUACAAAAAACUUAUGUUGCAAUCCUUAUUUUGUAUGACUGCAUUUUGUGGUGUCCAUCGUUGGAUGCUUUUGGAGCAUCUAUUAAAAUUUUUGGCUCUGAAUCUUUAGUUAUGGGAUGUUAUUAAUUCAUGAAGAAGGGCCCAACAAAGUUGCUGGCCACUUGGAGACACAAGGUCACUAGAUUGUGUGAUCCAUCAUACCUCCAAAGUUACUCCAAGUGUGAUGGUCAGAAUAUUACUUCUGCUCAACUCAAGGUCCACUGCAGACUUUUGUUGGCCAUCGGACGGUGGCCAUCCAGGAGCAAAGUUAAAUAGCCUUGCCUUAAGGUAGUAGUGACCACAGCAGUAUUGUGUGGCUUGCAUUUAGCUGUUGUAUAGGGUCAGGUUAUGUUUCCUAACAGGGUUAUUGAUGAUUUAUCUGCAGUCAUCCCUAUAACACACCUUGUUCAGUCUGCCCUCAGUGAUACUGAUGAGUAAAUAUAUGUGUAGUGGUUUAAUGACAUCUUUUGCUGGUCAUCUCAUCUGAAAGUUUUUAACAAAUGAUUAUAAAAGAAACCAAAUGACUGCUUUUUGUAUGCUUUCAUUGUUUUCUUUUCUCUAAAUCAUUGUAUUUCUAUCAUAUGGCAAAAUGAUUUUCACAGAGACAAAUGGACUCUCAAAUUUUCAUCCGAUGUCAAACAGGUCUGUUUGUUUUAAAAGACCUAAAAUUGUCUAAUAUUGAAAGCUGUUUGAAUGGAAAAUGAUCUGUGCUCUGGUUUGCAUUACAAUAAAUUGCAAG